UAGAAUUGAGAAACACGGCAUUCCUUUCCGACAAUACUGGCAUACCUACUCUGAUCGCACAAACAAUCUUAAACCUCUCUCUUCUAUUGUUUUUCGUUGAUUAGAGUUUUGUUUUUCUCUCCGUUUUGCUAUGGAAAAUAAGAAGAGAGAAGUGAGGAACAACGACGAUCGCGACGACGAGAACGAUGAGAUGAAGAUGGAGAAGUUUUACUCGCUCUUGAGGAGCUUCCGCGACGCACGUGAUCGGCGGCGAAGGGAAUUGAUGGAGUUGGAGAAGAACGAGAGCAACCGGAAAAAGAUGAAGGCCACCACCACUGCAUCAACCAAGGCCAAAUCAGAAGUUGCUUUCGAAUUUCAGGACUUUACCACCGAUAUUCACUUCAGAAAACCACCUUUGGUUUUUCCCAAUCCAAAUUCACGCGACCCAAGCAAAGACAUCAACAAAAACAAAGGUAAGAAGAACACAGAACAACAUGAUGUCGCUCUCGACCUCAAACUCGCUCUCUAGCUACGUGCUUUCAACAACCGUCGUCAAGACCACGGCCGUUCAAUUUUUUCUGAGUUUUUUUUCUCUUCUUCUUUCAAAUGGAACUGUUGUUGUUGUGUUAUCGGUCUGUAUAUAUUGCAAUCAUUCAACUUAUUUUUCAUAUAUCUAUGAUCUAUAAAUUUCUUUAUGUAUUAUCGUCAUUAAUUUUUUCUUAAUGUAUGGUGACAUUAUUCGACCGUGGAAA